AUGGCUGGCCGAAUGGUGCUAUACAAGUUGGUGGUUCUGGGAGAUGGCGGUGUUGGAAAAACAGCUCUUACCAUUCAGCUAUGUUUGCAGCACUUUGUUGAGACUUACGACCCCACGAUUGAGGAUUCAUACCGAAAGCAGGUUGUCAUCGAUGGCCAACCUUGCAUGCUCGAAGUACUCGAUACCGCUGGGCAAGAGGAAUAUACAGCACUACGAGAUCAAUGGAUUCGUGAUGGCGAAGGCUUUGUUCUUGUUUACAGCAUCUCGUCACGAUCCUCCUUCACUCGGAUCAAACGAUUCCACCAUCAGAUCCAACGAGUCAAAGAAUCGUGCGCUUCGUCGCCGUCUUAUCCCGGUUCUCCUAUCUCCGCUGCAAACCCGCAGCUGCCCGUGCCCAUUAUGCUUGUCGGUAACAAGAGCGACCGAGUCACCGAGAGAGAGGUCUCAACGCAAGAAGGUCAUGCUCUCGCCCGUGAGCUCGGCUGCGAGUUUGUAGAAGCUUCGGCCAAAAAUUGCAUCAACGUCGAAAAGGCGUUUUACGACGUUGUUAGGAUCUUACGUCGUCAACGACAACAAGCCUCACGCCCCUCGGAAAGAUCGAGCGGUCGGACGCGAACAGGCAACGGAGAUGCGAGGGGGGGCGAUCGAGACGAAAGACACAGAAAUAGGAACAAGGACCGAAGCAAGUCCAAGUGCGUGGUAUUAUGA